AUGAUCUUCCGAGCCGUUCUCAAAACAACCAUUGUUGCUUCUGGUGCAAUAGCAGCGACCAUUUCUGCCAGAAACGACGAUGGAACCAACGGUUUCCGUCUAUGGGCCAACACGCUUUACCCUGAUUCCCCAGGCAAUGGCCCUAUCAUCCAGGGCUACGAGCUCGGCUACGUGUCCGGUGCCGCAUGCCAGACCACCGCGAUCCUGGUACCCGAAAGCCAAGGAUCCGUAUUUUAUACCAGCAACAAUACCAUUGGCGUUUACUUUGACAGCGACUCAUCCUCCUUUGCCGGCAUGGUGGUGCCCUGGCGCGGGCCUGCAAUGCUACCCAGCGGUAGACCCGUAGAGCUCAAGUGCGAAGACGGUACACAAGAACUCACUCUCAACGAUAACGGCGUGUACUAUCCCGGGGAAAUGGGUCCGGAUUUCAAUGGAGCAUUCAUGGUGUGUGAGAAUGGAGGUGACCCGUUCUUGAGCUUCUAUGGCUGGGGUCAGAGGCCUCUCUGGGGUUGUACUGUAAUUCAGCUACUUCCGAUCUACUGA